UUUUGCAUUUCCGCUUGUAAUUUUUGUCCAAACAAGUUUUGUUUCAGUUCUUCAUUUAAAAUUGUGUAUGUUUACAUUUAUUGCGUCUUGACAGCAUCCGGAAAAAUGUGUGAAAAUAUUCAGUUAAUUUUUGCGGUUUUUCGUAUGGGAGUUUAUUCGCUGUUCAGGCGGCUAUGUUGUGGUGGACCACCUCCAGCCAAACCCUCCUUCACCGUGAUAGGCCUGGGUAUGGGAGGCUCAGGGAAGAGUUCCCUGCUGGCCACAGUUAGUGGAGAGGCUGCAGAUGAUAUUCCUCCAACAGUAGGCUUUAGUAUCAAGGCAUUGAUGUUUGAUAACUGUUUCGUGGAUGUCAAAGAGCUUGGAGGUGGUGACAAUGUGCGGCCUUACUGGAACAGAUACUAUUCUGGCGCUCAGGGUGUGAUAUUUGUGGUGGACAGUUCUGCGGAUGAUGUUUCGAUGGAGAAGUGCCGUAAUCAGUUUGAAGAUGCCCUAGAUGAUCCAGACCUGGACGGCCUGCCAUUGCUGGUACUUGCUAACUUCCAGGAUAAGGCAAAUGCCAGGAAAGAACAAGAGAUUCGUGAUAUCCUGGAGUUGGAGACCUUGUCUAGGCCCUGGCUGAUUCAGGCUUGCUCUCUGGCCAAUAGAGACAGCAUAAUGGAGGGCUUUAAAAGGUUCAACAAGCUUCUCAUGUCCUCACAGAGGGGGGCUGGGGAGUUUGACAAGAUAUAGCAGAACUGUAUCAGGGAGGUGGGACCAGACAUACCAGUUGAAAUACCAGUUGCCUGUUGAUGUUGCAUUUCGAUGCAGAGAAAAUGUGCAGUCAUCGUUGGAAUUUGUUGAUGUUUUGGAUUGUACUGUUUUGUGCUGUUGAUUUGUGUUGACUGACAUUAGAAGCAUUCAGGAUUUUAAGGGUGGAGCUUGUUUUUGAUGUUUGUAAAUUGUGCAACUAUUCACAAUUAUGUUUGGACAGGGCUUUUUAUUUCUUUAUAAUAAAAAGUCCAAUAUAAGUUUACCGUAAGAUAAGUUAUCAAAAUCAAGAACCAUUUGAAAUUGCAUAUCCAUGUGUUAUUGGAUUUGCAUGUAACUUGUUGUUGUGUUUCAGUUUACUGUAGAUGCGGAAGAUAUAGAUAUUAUAUAUGUUUUAAAUUUUGUAUUUAAGUGCCGUCCAUUUAAAAUUGUAUUAUUGAUGCUUUAAACCAAUUAACUAACUGUUACUUAUAUCUUGUUCUCUUUUUUGUACAAGUCAUGUAAUUCCUUAUCAUACCUACGCAUAAAAAUGUUUAAAUAUUUUAUUAAUUAUUUUUAAAUCUGCUUUAUUGAAAUCUUAGGACAUAUAGUUUACUCUUGAGGUUACUGAAUGCCCAUUGGUAUUAUCCCUACCCACAUAAGAAGCAAAGUGAAAAUGGCUUUUGCAACCAGAUUAAAACCAGAACAGCCUGCGACAAACUCACAGUCUGUUCAGAUUGUAUGCUGUUUGCUGCUCCUCAGUAUCUAAAGGUUGGAAAUGAAACCUUUAAAACUUGAAUCUAGUAAGAAGGGUCUUUAAUUAAAUUUAACUUUCUAAGGGACUACAAACGCGUCAAAAUAUACGUUUCUAAGUGGUAAAGGGUUAAGAGCAGCUCCUAUAUGUGUAUACAAAAUAAUUUGAGCCAUAUUAUUUGAAAAUGUGUGUAACACUAUAUGUGUGCAUGUCAGCAGUCUGUUCAGGUGCUAUGCUUCUGCUAAUGAGACCAACAUACCUUUCAUGACUUUUCACCAGACAGCAUUUCUCCUGACCAGAUUGGGUGACUGCGCAGGCUUUUCUGGAGCUACAUUCACAGCAUAUGGCAUAAGACCCACUUUUGAAUGACAUGGCUCAUGUAUAGUUGUUUUAUAUAUGGUUCAAAAUCAUUCCAUCUUAAUCAACUACAGCUUGAUUGUAAACAUUGUGUGAUUAAAGUACCUGUGUUUAUUUGCAUUUAUACUUGAUGUAUGUUUUACAUGGAAUCUUUAUUGAGUUUAUCAAUCUUUGUGCUGUUUUUUUCUCACUUAAGAAUUUCUUUUUGGACAAUCUCUCAAUAAAUUUGCACCAGGAAGCUUUUUGAGAAGACAUAUCACAAGCUUUUCAUUUCCAUUUCAUGAAACAAUUGCUGUUGGUCCAUAUUCAAAAGAGAAUGCAUAAAAGAAACUUUACCAAGAGUUGAAGUGUUAAAACUUUGAUUAAAAAGUUUAAUAUUAAACAUGUCUUUCAAAGACACAGAUUGCAGCAUAAUAUAUCUUAAAGCAUCAAGUGCCUUAAUGUUUUGUUAUGCCAUUCUUUACACGAAUAUUUCAGUUUGAACAAAAAUAUAUAAUGUUUAUGGCUUACAUAUUCAUAAACAAAAUUUCUCUUAUAACUACUUGUAAAUACCAAGUUCAUAAAAUCUUGCAUAACUUCACAAAAUCAUUUUAACUUUUAUGAGUUUUCAUUGAUGUUGUCUGUGAUAUUUGUUUACUUUCUCAUGUCUCAUUGUAACUUCAUUAUGUGGUUACUUUGCAAUUGUUUUGCAAAGACUCCAUUUAAUAAUCUCAAGUGUGUAUAUACAUGUACAUGAAAUAACAUUUACUUUUUGACAUAAAACUUAAUUAUUUUUACAUUAUUUAUAUGCUUCUGUCUUUAUAAGUAUGCAUAUACCUGAAGGCUGUACAUCUGGAUUACUAACAUGUUUCCAGUUAACUUGAAUUCAUUAAAUAUGAGAAGUGUAACAAUUAAUAAUUUCAAGUAUUAAACUACUGGUAAUGUAUAUAUACAUGUAUGUGGGAUAAAUCAAAUGCAUCAGUAAUUUAGGCAGCAUAUAUGGUUACUGACUCUGUAUAACAAUUUGCUUUUUAAAUGUUGGUGUUUAUGUAUGAUGUUAUUUGAGCCACUCUCUGGGAAAACCAGGCUUUAUGCAUGUGCAUAGAAAAACUAAUCAAGGGCACUAACUCUUAACAUAUGGAAGCACGAGUUAAGGCUCUUGUGAAUGUAAUAUCUCCUAAAUGGGCAAUACGUACACAAGUUUCAAGUUGAUAGCAGUUUUAGUUUUCCGGAUAUGUUCCAGAUAAAAUUAAAGUACAAACAUGAAAAAUGGUCAAUAACAUGAAUGUUGAACGAUGUUAAAUUAAAAAUGUACCAGAAUGCUUCUGGGCAUUUUUUAAGAGACAGACACAUGGACAAACUUUCUCUGCAUUUCCAGUAUACCGUCCUUGUUAAUACCUAUAGUGGGGGUAUGACUAUGAAACCAACUUAAGUUAUGAACCAUGUUUUACAAGUUUGUUGAUGAUUUUAUGUUUUAUAUGCUAUUGUGCAGACCAAUUACAUUUUAACAGUUGAUAAGGAAUAAUUUAUGGAAUAAAUAUUUGAGAAUUUUGGUA